AUGUGGCGGCAGUGGCUUGGCCACGCGUGGCCUCCACACAAGAAGGGUGUCCUGGUCAUGAACACACCCACUGGGAACAGCCUCAGCGCCGCCGAGCUCACCUGCGGGAUGAUCCUGUGCUUGGCCAGGCAGAUCCCACAGGCAGCUGCCUCCAUGAAGGAGGGCAAGUGGGACCGUAAGAAGUACAUGGGCAUGGAGCUGAACGGGAAGACGCUGGGCGUGCUGGGGCUGGGGCGCAUCGGCAGGGCCAUGCAGAUCGUGGACAUGGCCACGGGGAAGGGGCUGGCUGGCAUAGUCAAUGGGCAGGCUCUCAGCAAGGCUUUCGUACCCCAGACCAAGCCCUGGAUCGCCCUGGCCAGGGCCCUGGGCAUGGUGCUGCACACGGUGGGCAAGCAAGUGCAGGGCAGUGUGCAGGUCUGCACCCUAGGUGAGCCGGGCAGGCUGCACCCCAUGCCCGGGCACAGGGACGCUGAUGGGUGGGCAGCACACAGGGGCACGCGGGGACCCGCUGGGCUGGGGGCACAGAAGGAGGUGACCCUGAGGAACGCCCUGCUGCUGGCCCAGGAAGCUGGGCUGAAGGUCACAACCACCCAUGGCGACGUGGCCCCCGAGUCCGAUGGCAGUGCUGGCUUACUGCAGGUGGCCCUGCAGGGCACCCCACACCGGGCAACAGGGAUGGUGCAGGGCAGCACCCCGGUGCUGCGGGAGCUCAAUGGGGCCACCUUCAAGCAGCCGGCCCCGCUGGCCGGCCCUAUCCUCAUCUACAGAACCAAAGCCUCCGAGCCCAGCGCGCUGCCCACGCUCGCUGGACUGCUGGGGAAGGUGGGGGUCCACCUCCAGUCCUAUCACAGCUCCGGCACGGUGGCGGGGGAGCAGUGGAGCAUCGUGGGGCUCUCGGCCCCCCUGUCCAACCUUGGCGAGCUGAAGCCACGUGUCAUGGAGGUCUUCCAGCUCCACCUGUAG